AUGUCAUCGCGCUUCAUAUUCUUUUGCAUUUUCUUUUUGGCGGUUUACUCAUCAAUUAAUGCGAAUACCAACGAUGAAAAAAGCGAGGAAGAAAGAUGCGGUCGAAGAGGGUUCGCAACCCUGAAGAAGUCAUGCAAAGCAAUUACCAACAAAUAUCUUUGUUACAGCCUUUUUGUCUCAAAAUGGCCAAAAUGCUGCAAUUGUACGAUCCCGGAGCUUCAAGCCAACUGUUGCCCAAAUGAAUUCGUUUACCAUCUGGAAUAUGAUGAUUCUGAAGAGGAUCAUUCAAAAUUACAAGAAUCGCUGAUGAUCUACACUCUUGACAAGAAAGUUGAAGCUUAUCGAGAAACAACUAAUUGA